AUAUAUAUAAUAUAUAUAUAUUAUAUAGUGUGUAUGAACAUAAAUUCAUUUCGCACAUUUAUGCAUCAGGGUUUUCCUGGCAAAAGAAACUGAUCGCCGUAGUUGCUACUGCCAGAAUGAAAGGGAACUAUAUUUUGCGCGGUCACAUUGCAGCAGCUGAGGGCUAAAGGUGUUACACACUCGAGUAUAGGUUUAAACUAAAGUCGCACGACUCUGCAUCGCUUUGCUUUUAUUCCUGCUGUGUUUGCCAUCUGCAUCACGCUGCCUGUCCACCUGCUUAACCGGCACACUUUCCACAGACCGCGUAACAACGGCGGUUGCAUUUGAAGCCUUAGAUUGGUAGCUGGAAGGAGCAUAGGAAUCGUGCUGGACAUACUGAUGUCUCUCAUUCAUUUUAUGCCCAGGUUGCAAAUGGCCGCCGGAUGGCACGGGUGGGUUAUAUCUGGCCUGAUGAGAUUGUGCAGGUGGCGGUGUGUGUCUGGACUGAUGAGAUCCACCAGGUGGUGGUGUGUGUCUGGACUGAUGAGAUCCACCAGGUGGCGGUGCAUAUCCGCUAUGAUGAGAGCCACCAGGUGGCGGUGUGUGUCUGGCCUGAUGAGAUCCACCAGGUGGCGGUGCAUAUCCGCUAUGAGAUCCACCAGGUGGCGGUGCGUAGCCGCUAUAAGAUCCACCAGGUGGCGGUGCAUAUCCGCUAUGAGAUCCACCAGGUGGCGGUGCGUAUCCGCUAUGAGAUCCACCAGGUGGCGGUGCAUAUCCGCUAUGAGAUCCACCCGGUGACGGUGUGUGUCUGGCAUUAUACGAACCGACAAGUGGCGGCGUGCGUCGGGCCGGCAACGGCACGUGCCUCGUGGACGGUGGGUACACGCCCUGCUCAUGCUGACCCCGCACUGCGGGAGGUGCAGGAGGGGCAUGGCGACCGUCGCUCGUCGGACACGCGCGGGCCAGCUGCGGCGGCGGCGCGUCACCGUGCUCGCACGACUCCAGCAUUCGCUCGUAACUCUCCGCGCGGUACAUCGCCGCCACCGACGAUGGCGACGGCGGGCCGCGCGUGGCCGCCGCACCGUCCUCCGUCCUCGCGGCCGCUCGCGCGACGUCCGCACCACGAGGGGGCGCCGCACUGCCCUCCGUUCUCACGGCCGCUCGCGCGAUGUCCGCACCACGAGGGGGCGCCACACCGCCCUCCGUCCUCGCGGCCGCUCGCGCGAUGUCCGCACCACGAGGGGGCGCCACACCGCCCUCCGUUCUCACGGCCGCUCGCGCGAU